AUGAAAAGCCACCACCAUCUUGAGAACAAGCCUUCCACGUCCCGUAAUCGCGGCAUAACCUUCUAUCUUGAAGGUCUUGUCACCCACGAAGAACAUGAAAAUGAAGUCCUGCGCUGCGGCUACAUCUAUAUGCUGGCGCAGACAUUCGAGAUACCUGCCUUGCAAGCACUCGUCCUACGGAAACUCCGUCUUGGAUUCCCCGUUAUCAGCUACAAGACAAUGCUAACAAUGAUUGCAUAUAUUUUUCCACGUCUAGACACCAAUCACAUCACGGAUGCAAAUGACCCCAAUGGGACGGGAAGCCCACCUGCGGCUCUGCCUAGUACACUGGCAGAACACUAUGCGAAGGAAGAAGAGCCAUUGAGGGCGUACUUGGUUGAGUGGUUGGUGUAA